AUGUCCGAAUGGUUCUGCCUCAGAAGGCAACUGCCAGUUGUCGAAACAAACGACACUGAAAAGGCGUACGGCAAUGCUCUUGGAAUCGACCCGGAGAAGGGUACAACGUCUUUCGAUCAGCGGAUCAGAAAGGAGUAUCGACUCCACACGAUACAAUAUUGGUUUGUGGCUUCUCUGGCAAAUGGACUCCUCUGGAUGCAGAUCAUCAUCGGGGCUGCGUUGACUGCGCUUGGAGCUAUCCGGACAUCCGAGUCUCAAACAGCAACAAUAUACCUGGGCGCAGCAAGCACCAUUACAGCUGGGCUUUUGACAUACUUCAAGUCCCGUAAUCAGCCAAAUCGUUCUCGACAGCUUCGUCAGGCUCUCAGGGGGGUGCGGAACAUGAUGGACGAUCAGUCUCGCGGCAUGGCUGGCUUGACGCCUGAAGAAGCAAAGGACGCAGCUCGGAGGAUCAUAAAGCAAUACAACGAGGCUCUAGCUGAGGCUGCCACCAACUAUCCAGAUCUGUGGAUGAGUCUCGGGCAGUUGCGCAAAUUCCUGCCUGGUGGUGAUCCAGAGGACAAGGAGGACGAUGAUCAACUAAGAGUGAACAAGCUAAGUGGAACGAAGCCAAAUGAGCAUGGCACGGGUUCACCAACUUCUCCAGCGGCGCCAGCAAAGCAACACGGAAGCCAGCCAAGGUUGCCUGAGACGCAAACAAAGCCGAAAGACAGUACUACACAGAGUAAAUCAACAAGUUCCAAUACACAGGCCCCACCAGCGCCGCGAUCGAAUCCAGACACCUUAGCCAACCCGGAUGCAAAACUCGCCGAGAAGCAGAUUGAUAUUGAUGAAAACUUCUCGCCGGCGGACGAGGGGUUACCAGAGAAGAUCGACCGCGACACUGCUGUCGUCACUCCUGCAGUAGACGUAGCGAAGGCGCCAGCUCCCACAAUGCAAGUGCCUCAUAUGCAUGACAGAGGUCCCGUGGGAGUUAGAAGGGUCGGUGGUAUGGUAUUGUUAGAGUAG